AUGAGACUCCUCGCGUCACUUAUGUCGGCUGUGGUCGGGCUGUGGGCAAGCAAGGUGGUGGCGCAACAGCAGCAGCCAGACAGAAUCAGUGUCACCGGCCCUCAGGGCGGGUUUGACGCCCAUACGGGGGCUCCACCGGCGAGAAUCAAUAUAAACGACAUGUGGGCUCAGGGCGGCCCCUCGUGGGACCUGUACAUUCUGGCGCUGCUGGAGCUCCAGGACGUAGACGAGGCUGAUGACCUGUCUUACUUCCAGAUCAUGGGUGCGGAACCCAUUCCUCUGAAUGCCACGGCCCGGGAGCUCGUCUGGAUUGUUGACUGGGCUUAA